ACUGAUCAUCAACAGAUGCUUGUUUUUACUUUGAGCGCCUGAACAAACAUGUGGGUCCGCUGGAAAACUGCUUUUGAUGGAGCUCUGAUGCAUUUUAAAACAUUUUAGGAGAGAAAUGGGAGUGAAAAGCAGCUGAUAAGCGCCGGUCGCGACGGUGAAUGUGUGAAGUUUGGAGGCUCCGCAAACCAAACGCAGAGCGCAUCAGAGCUGAACAUGACUUCAGUAUGAAGAGACACCAGUCCGCUACCGGCUCCUUCACCGGCAGCCUGCGGCUCUUCUCCCACAUUUAGUUCGGAGCCUUUUAUCGGUGCAGAGAAAACACAAGUGGCGGCGUUCAGCCCGCACCGAGCGGCCGCGAGCUGGGCUGAGUCUCCACGGUUCUCACGGUGUGUUUAAGUGCAGCCUGCUGCUCGGAGCCUCCAUCAUUCAGACUCUCGUGUUAUCGUGAGGAGAAACAAGCAGAACAUGGCAGAAGUAGCUCCAGCCGCCCCCGCCGUCGCCGCUCCGGCCAAAGCGGCCAAGAAGAAGGUGUCCAAGCCGAAGAAGGCUGGUCCCAGCGUCGGGGAGCUCAUCGUUAAGGCCGUGUCCGCGUCCAAGGAGCGGAGCGGCGUGUCCGCGGCCGCCCUGAAGAAGGCUCUGGCUGCCGGAGGCUACGAUGUGGAGAAGAACAAGGCCCGCGUCAAGACCGCCAUCAAGAGCCUGGUGGUGAAGGGGACUCUGGUCCAGACCAAGGGGACCGGGGCCUCGGGCUCCUUCAAGAUCAACAAGAAGGCGGAGACCAAGCCCAAGAAGGCGGUGAAGAAAGCGGCUCCUAAAGCCAAGAAGCCCGCAGCCAAGAAACCCGCAGCGGCCAAAAAGCCCAAAGCAGCGGCAGCCAAGAAGCCGGCAGCCGCCAAGAAGUCUCCCAAGAAGGUCAAGAAGCCCGCGGCGGCCAAGAAGGCGGCCAAGAGCCCCAAGAAAGCUACCAAGAGCCCCAAGAAGGUGGUGAAGAAGGCCCCCGCAGCCAAGAAGACCCCCGUCAAGAAGGCCGCCAAGCCCAAAGUGAAGAAGGCUGCAGCCAAGAAGAAGUGAGCUGCUUCAAGACCAACAACGUCCCAACAAAAGGCUCUUUUAAGAGCCACCACAUCUUCCUCAAAGAGCCUGUUCACACUCAUUAACAGCGCA